GUCGUUUUGAUUGACUUUUGAUCCAACUCGCGUGUCUAGUCGUUGGUUCGAUCGCCAUGGCGCCCCAAGUGAUGAACACUCUGGGUUCCCCGGCCAUCGGACCAGUUGGCCUUGUGCGGAUGCCGCACAAAGGCGACAAGGUCCAGACCUGGAGCACUUCCACCCAGAAGUGGCUGGAAGGCACCGUAGAGGAUGUCCUCACUGAGAGCUUCUCCCCCGCGGGAGGCCUCGUGAUGCCAAAAGGUUCUUUGCGUGUCCGUGUCUCUGCGGGCUUGCGCUACGUGAAGCCCGAGAGCGUUUGCUCAUUGAAGCUGGCGCUACAUGUCAUGGUGGUGGCGCCAGGCGCAGGCACCGGGCUCAACAGCGAUGUCUACAAGGAGUUGGGUGAAGAUGAGCAGAUCAAGGUCGAGCUGUGCGGCUCGCGCGGAGCUGCGUACGAUCGCUACCCGCCCAGCUGGCAGAACGGCAAGGCGCCACCGAACCUGGAGACCUUCGCGCAGGAGUUGUUGGCAAAGCCCAUGGGUGAUGUACUCGUGCUGGGAUCGAGGGGAGGUCAAGUGGUGCUGCCACGGUUUUGGCAGAGGUUGGGGAACCAAGUGCCUCCUGCGGUGGUGAUCAACGGAGGCUGUGCGAUGAACCUGCCCGGCGUAAAGAUACCAUGGCCCCCACAAGCGGUGACCAUUAUGCUCAUGGGCGCGCAGGACUUCUUCAAAGGCCAGAAGUCCUCGGCCGAGUACCUCACAGCCUCAAAGGGCCAUGUUCCGGCCAACUCCCGGACAGCCAUUCUUUAUGUUCGACAGAUGCAGCACAUGCCCUCGAAGGCACUCCUCCAGAUGGUCCUGGGUCCACUGGUGAUGGCGGCGGCAAUGUGGAAAUACUCCAAGAACUGCCCGGAGGAUCAGUUGAACAGCCUGACCAGCCAGUUAGAGGAUGAAAGCUGGAGCGGAUCGCUACACAUUCUUCAAGGGACCAGCUGGAAGGAGAAGACCUUCGGCAGCUCAGAGGAGUCGCCGCGGAAGAAAAAGAGCAUCAAAGGCGAGAAGGAGGCAGAUGAGUCGCCGCGGAAGAAGUCAAAGACGGCUCAGGAGGAUGAGGAGAAGCCCACCUUCUUCGGCGAUCGGCCUGUGGAAGUGACACGGAGUGCAGAGCUGCGUGCAUUGCUGAAGGCAGCGGUGAAGGACGUGACCCCGUCGGGCGGCAGCGGCUUCCUGCGAGCGCGGACCACCAGCCAGGCAAUGCGGAAGAGCUUGACCGACUCCACCAAAGCCUCCGAAAGCUCAGUCGCGGCCAAAGAACUGCGGAAGUCGGCGAACCGGCAGGCGAAAAAAGCCUUGGAACUGGAGUCGCAGAUCAUUGAGAAAGAGAAGGAGCUGCACGACUUGCGGCAGCAGCUGUCCAAGGUGCGGGAGGAAGAACAACGCCUACUGAAUGUGGCCCAGGCCCAUGAGGCAGAGGCUAAGGAGGCCAAGGAGAAGGCCACGGAUCUUCCUCUCCAGUGCCCCGGUUCUCCAGUGCUGCGUGCAGAGGACAUGGAGAGCCCACGAGUUCAACCCUUGGGAGCUCGGAUUUUGGUCCGAGACGUCCUGCUGGAGGGUCACUGAGAAGUUGAGGAUCUCUCCCGUGUAUGUGGGCCUGGCCGUGCUUUAGAGAACAUAUGUGAGACGCAGCUUAGGCCCCAACUGUGACGGCCUUCAAUUCCCAAUAGGGGCCAAUCCCGAUGAGGCUCCGGUGCCACAACCUCCG